GCUGCUGCUGCUGCUGGGGCCCAACUGCUCGGGGCAGGUGGAAUUCCUCCUCAGCUCAGCCCUGUGUUCGGUGACAUCUUGCUGUGUCAAGUCUGAUUACUCUAAUCUGCAACAAGCAUUCACAACAAGGAACUCUGCUGAGAAGCUGGGCAUCAGCAGCAUGAAAGCUGCCUUUGUGUGUCGCCGCUGGCAGUGGGCAAGCCAGUCGUUAGGUAUAUAACAAAAAUGAAUUCUUUACAUGCCAGGCUAAGCCGACAAGGAGAAACGUUUUUGCUCAUCACCUCAAAGAUCCUCUUGCUGCUGCUGCUGCUGCUGCUGCUGCUGCUGCUGCUUUUCUGCCCCUCUUACUCUGUGAGUAAAGUGGAGUGCAAGGAGCGGCAGCUUGCCUCUCUCUCUAGCACAGGAUGCGAGAUGCGUCUCUCCACUCAUAGGGGCCUGCUCAGGAUGACAGCAUAACAAGGGCCAGGACUGUGUGUGCGCGGGUGUCUCUGUCUCUCACACACUGCAAAAUCCGGGAGGGCCGUUCAAAAUUGCUGCUGGAGACAAUAACAAGCUCUUAAAACAAUGGGAGCAGCUCAUGGGAAAAAGAAAGAAUAUUCUCUCCAGUCCAAGCACCACAAGGAAAAUGGGAAACGUGUUCUUAAUGGCUCAGCAUCUAUGUAUUCUGAAAUACAAAGGGAACGGCCUGAUAUUGGGAAUAUCAUGGCUCAUCCAGAUUACAUGGAUGGAAAUCCUGAUCUUAUCAAACCUAAAAAGCUCCUCAAUCCUGUAAGAGCCUCGAAAAGCCACCAAGAGCUUCACAGAGAGCUGCUUAUGAAUCACAAAAGAGGACUGGGAGUCGAGAGCAAACCAGAACUGCAGCGGGUCCUGGAGCAUCGGCGACGAAACCAGCUGAUAAGACAAAAGAAAGAUGAAGAAGAGGCAAAGAAAUUGAAGUCUCCAUUUGAACAAGAACUCUUGAAGAGGCAACAGCGGCUGGACCAGUUGGAAAGGGAGCAAGAGAAGCAAGAAGAAAAUGCACCCGAAUUUAUUAAAGUCAAAGAGAACCUGAGGAGGACAGCAACGCUAACUGGGGCAGAGAAGUUUGCUGUAGCAGAAGCUGAAACAAAAACAGAUCUUCUGCUUGUUUGAAUAUCUAACAUGCUGCUGCUAUCUCUGUAUAUGGUGAACAUUCACAGUUAUGUCUUUGGGUCUACUUGCUGUUUAUUAAUGCUUGCUCCAGUAGAAAUUCCAACGUGGGCUUUUUCACAUCUGGGAACUAGUAACAGCGAAAGUGUGGUGUUUUACUAGUAGAGGUACAUGGAUGAGAAAAUGAAGAGGAGGAAGUGGGCAAUAACAAUGACCUGGUCUUCCUCUCCAGUAUUGGAACAGUAUUAAUGGUCCUUCCCAUCCUAUAUUAAUCCUUGGCUAACCCCUUGAGAUAUGCCAUGUGCCCAGGAUAGAGGCACUUGUGGAGAGGAAGAUAUUGCAUGAAGAGCAGGAGACCAGUCAGUGCAAGAAGCUUAAUAGCAGAGCAUUUCUGCUGCUGGUAUUGAAAUUGUUCAUGCAAGACUAACCUUUGGAGUAACUUGUUGGGAAACCAGAGGGGACAGCACAAAGGGAAGAUUAUAUCGGCUCAGAAUGCACUAGCUGACUUUUAGAGCAUGUCCUAUGAUUGCAUGAUAUCUAAGCAACAGCCAGCAAAUGCAAUUUUAGCAACACAGACCCCUGGGAGAUGGGGGAAAUAUAUUGUAUUUUUAAAAAUAUCUCUUUGUAUAACAUCAUAUCUGAGAUGUAGUGGUACUUUGCAGUUUUCAGAUAUGAGACAGCACUUUGCAGCAUCCCCUAUUAACUGACUGUGAUGAAACCGUUCCAGGUUAUACCAGAUGCUUCCCAAAGCAUACAUAUAAUCUGUUCAGUCCUUAGUCCCUGAAAUGAGGAGCAGAGAGUGUGUGACUAUAUUCCAGAAGGACCUCUAAGAGCUGCAUGGAAGCUGGAAGGAACCACAUCUUCUGAAUAUUAUUUAGGAUGUGAAACAUUUAGAGAGGCCAGCACUAAAAACAGAAACCGUGGGAAACUGUGAGGUUGGGUGAUGGUAUGUGUGACAGGGACAAAUAAUCAUAGGGAGGAGGACAAGGAUCUCUUCUGAUCACUUAAAGCCCUGGCCACUCAUCUCCGACUUCUUGAACACAACCCAUGCUUUUUUCAAACUGUUUCCAUAACUAUAUGAACUAGAUAGUAUACAUAAAUAUAAAUAUUGAAUGAAAUCAGACGGUUAUUUGCACAUUGCAUUUAGAUGGCAAGGAAGUGUUCUUGGUUGUCAUUCUCAUGUCUAAAAUCCAGUUAAAAGAUAAUAUUAUUGCCAUUUGUGGAUCAAGCUGUUUGCAGUGGGUUAAAAGUGAUCAAUAUUGGGCAGCAAGAGGAUUGGGGAAUUAGUGGCCAUUUGCACUCUGGGGAUUUUUUUGAUUUUUUUUUUAAAGUCAGGAUCAAGCAUAGAUGCCUCCUGACUGCUCACUGCUGCAUUGACUCUGGUGCUGAAGACUGGCAUAACAUGAGAAAACAAGUCUCUAUACCUACAAUGUGAAGCCAUCUUCUUUUGGGCUUCACAGCUUGCAUGAGAGACCAGGGCUGGGAUCUUCCAUUAGACAGGGCCAAGUAGCAGGUCUUGUGGCAAUGUUAAAGGGAAGCCGAACCAUUCCGUUCAUUACAGUUCUAUCACCAUGGUGGGCGACCACUUGGAUUCUUUCUCUCUCUGUCCCAGGUCCUGCAGCCGGCUCCACUUUCAGUGCUAGAACAAGAGGUUUGCAAGCAUGGAGCUCCCGGCUGGGCCCUGGGCAGGUCCCCUCAAGAGGAUCUCUGCUAGGAAAGGCCUCUUGGCCUGAGCAAAGAGCUGCUGCUGGCCAGAGUGGGCACUCCUUGGCUAGACAGGACCGUGGCCGGGCUCCGCACAAGGCAGCUGCACUGGCUGUCUCGGGCCAGACCCCCCCCCCCCCGCACGUGCUCCCCCAGUCCUGCUGCCAGUCCAAGCAGGAGCCCCAUGUCCUUCCCCACACACUUGGCUCGCCACAACCCAGCAGGACCACUGGGAAGGGGGGUAGGUAAGUAGCAGGUCUUGUGGCAAUGUUAAAGGGAAGCAGAAUCAUUCCGUUCAUCACAGUUCUAUCGCCAUGGUGGGGGACCACUUGGAUUCUCUGUCCCUGGCGCCAAAAUGCCAUGGCCGGCCUCUGUGACAGACAGACAGACACACCUAGACCUCAGACACUGAUUAAGUCUUGCCUCUCCCUGCCAUGCUUCAGGUGGACUGCUUGCCUUCCCCUUCACCCCCACCCCCACCCCCAGUUUUUAAAGUGCUACUUAUUUGUUCAUCUGGAUGUUCAUCCUUUGUCUUUUGAAAACACAAGGCAGGCAUUUAAUACAAAUUUUCAAACUGCUCCACAUAUUGGAAAGAGGGAAUGGGUUUGGCACUUUUCUUGUUUGGAACAAGGUUGUGGUUAAUCAGUGUCUUCCACUGGUGCUGCAUCUUCCCCCUUCAAAGUCACAGUGCAAACCUGAUCAACCAUACUUUUACACACUCCCCUCAGGCCAGAGGUAUAGAGCAAAAUAGGUGUGAUGCAGGUGGUCCCAUCUCUGGAUUUGGUUUUGUUUUAAUUUUAAAACAGCCACCAGGGACUCUGAUUUGAUUGAACUCUUUCUUCCUGUACUAUUCUAAAUCUCUGCCCCAAGGCUGCUAUUAGCCCUAAUGUGGGGGGAAAAUACAGGUAGCUGCAUUUAUUUCCCCCCCAGAAGGAUUAAUGGCACCACUGGAGCAGGUGCUUAGACUGGGAAAGCCACUGCUCCAAUCAAAAUCUUGGAAGUUGCUCUCAACCAAAAAUAAAAGUUGAGAGAGCCAGUCACAGAUCUCCCAAAUCAUGCCUGCUUUGGCACUAUGCAUACUUACAGAGAAGCAAAGCUGACAGGCAGAGGUCCCAGUAGGGAGGGGCCACAGCCCAGUGAUAGAGCAGAUGUGGUGUGUGUAUUCCCAGUUGAGUUCCUGCCAUCUCUAGUUAAAGAAUCUUGGGUUCGGAGCUUGCAAAGAUUUCUUCCUGAGAGCCACUAGCCGUCAGAACAGACAGUAUCAGGCUAGGGCACUUUCCAGGCUAGCUGCUCAUUAACAUCAAAAUGCCUCCAUUCGGGCAAGUCGCAUUCCAAACAUAAACAGCAGGAGAAGCAGUCUCGCAGCAACUAACAACCCAACAAAACAGCAACUUUUCCAUGCCGGAUGUACGACGUUGUAACUCCAUUUCACAGCGAUUAAAUUCGAAACAAAGCAUUGGAAGUGUGAACGGCACCCUGCUGUCCGCGUAGGUGUCAGGAUGCAGGAAGGUGUCAGGAUGCAGGAAGUGUGGAAGCACGCUUCUGAGAUGCGCCCUGACCCCAUUGCAGGGUCUAGUCUGGAAAGUGCCCAGAUGGACUAGUAGACUGACUCAUAUAAGACAACUUCAUGUGUUCACUUUCAAGGUAGUACAUUUGUAGGCACCAAGAGCCCCCCACCUCCCGAAGACCAAUUUUAUUGCUUGUAAAAGUAAUUCUCUUGCCUUUUGUUUUUAUAGCUUCUUCUGGCUAUUAGACAGUCACUUAGUUUCCCCCAAGCUACUUAAUAUAAGCACAGCAGUGCAGUGCUUUGCCUAUGUGAAGUUUAGAGGAAGAAAGACAUUUCUAGCAGCAACAGGUUUCCUAAGAAUGCUUUCAAAAAUCCUAAAGGUACGUUCAUACAGUAGGACUGUUAGGGGCCAGUUAGCCCCAUGUAGCUUCUUACAUGUAAAACACUUUCUUGUGCUAGAUAUAAUACACUUUUCUGAAGGUGCAGACUCUUAGGUUUGCUAUUCUGAAUGGUCCUGGGCCACCAUUUCCAGUAGCAGCUGACAGCCUUCCUGAGCGGUGUCUAAAUAGGUCCUGGUCAGGGCCAUAGCAAGGCUGGAGUGGGCCUGAGAUAAAAAGUGAAGGUGUGCCCCUGUCCCCCUUCUUCUACAGGGUGGGGAGUAAGCCUGUGUGGGCCCCUCCUUCAGGGGCCCAGGAAUAUUUGUCUCCUCUUGUUCAAUUGUAGUUGCACCCUUGUUUCUAGUGAUUUUGUACAUCAAAUUGACCUUGGCAGAAUUCAGCCCAUAUGAAAGCACCCCAAAUUGUGUACCUGGAAUUUCUAUCAGUUUCCCUUGAAAAUGCUUAUUAUCCGAGGGAUUCAUUCCUUGUCCCCAGUGGUAGGCAACCUAUGGCACAGAUGUCAGGACUGGCACACAGAAUGAUGUCAAGUGGCCCGCACUCCGACUCCUGAGAGGGGACUGCACCAAUGAAUGUAGCAGGAGCCAGUUCUUCUGUGCUAGAUCAUCUUUUCCCCCAUAUCCAGAAAUGAACACUGGAAUUUCUCCAUAUCUUUAUCCAGGAAUGAACAUAAUAGUGGGAGUUUCUCAAAAAUUCUGCUUGUCCAGGAAGAAAACUUAGACUGUAUCUUAUUUUUAAAAUUGUAAACUCCCACAAGAUGGAGAGACAAUUGAAACAUAUCAGUGAAUUACACUAGAUCCCACUAAACUGAUAAGAUCUACAGUUUAAUUUAUUUUAAAUUGAGCUUAUUGUGCAUUUUUAAAACUUUAUUUACUUUACAUGCAACACAACAAUAGGAGAGAGAGAGAGAGAGAAAGAGAGAGAGAGAGACUUCUGCCUUAAAAUGUUUUACUAGCAUGCGGAACCUGAACAUAGGAUGAAUAAAUGAAGACUUGGCACACCACUUCUGAAAGGUUGCCAACCCCUACCUUAUCCCAUUCACCUACUGUACCAGAGGCGGAGCGAUAAUUGAGCACACGUGGGCUCCUGCCUCUGGGGCCAGCUCACUUGCCUCCCCCACCUCACUGGCUAGCCAUUCCUGGGGCUGGGAGAGCACCCCUACACACCCUGAGGGAAGCGGCAGGAGAACUGAGAACUGAACCCCACCACGCAGCAUGGUGGGGUUCCCCUUCAACCCUUGUUCGCCCACCAUCUCCAGCGCCAUGCCACGCCAUGCAGCCGUCGCAGGGGGGAAAGCUGCUGCUGGGGGGUGGGGGAGCCACUGCCACCAGGGGAGAAGCCACUAUGGGCCCGCUACACCCUCUGUACACCACUGUACUGUCUGUCCCAAAUACAUAGUCGUAUGAAAUGUGUAUCUGCUGUAUGUCUAUUAUCUCAAGCACUCAUAUCCUCAUUUGAGUCACUGUCACUGUUGCUUUCUGAGGGAAAUGGUUUUAUUAGUAAAUUAAUCAAUGAAUAAUUGUAUAUUUUGCUAGAACUGGUCAGUGACAUACCCUCCAACUGAUCCUAUUGACCAAGGGCAGCCCCUGUUUUCUUGUUUAAAAGUUGUUUGUGUGAAUCACACAUGAAAAUAAAUGCAUGUGCAUGAACACCACGGCGCCAAGCCAUGCACAGUCGGACAUUUCACACUGUCCACUGUGCCCCCUGAAAAUAUGUCCCUGAGGGCUGGAGCUACCUCAAGAGCAGAUUUGGGGCUGGGGCACAGGACAGGAGAAGGAAGGAGGCAUCAGUGAGAAUCACCUCUCCUCUUGCACGAGUGAAACUUCCCCCACUCAUGGAACUACUAGGAUGCUGUCCAAUGUGCAACAAUGAAGGGGGUGUGGCUCGUGAAGUGAUCCUUGGCAUACUAAUAGAAGUGUUACAAGCAUUUCCCUGUUUCCAUUGCUGAAAAGUUGGAGGGUAUGGUCUGUGGUUGAAAGCAGACAGAAGCCAAAUAAACUGAUUUCACCUUUAAAAAAAAAAAAAAUAAAGUCUAAAGAAAGACUGGUCUUUUGAUGUUA